AUGGGGAGGCAUACCACCCAUCCUGAAUCUAAUCAAGCAUGUGGAGAGUUUUCUGAAUGUGCAAAGGAGCAUCUAUGCAACUUUGAGCAGCUUUGUCAUGACUAUGGACUUGGAGACAACCCCAAGAAGAUACAACUUUUCCAACUAUCUCUAGCUGGACAAGCCAAAGACUGGGCUAAGUUCAAUGCCCAACAUGCUUUCAAGACUUGGAAUGGAUACAAAGGAGCUUUCCUCACAGAUUUGAAAGGUCCUGUUUAUGUCCCACCACCACGCCCAAGCUAUUCACAACACCAUCCAUCAUCACCAGACAUAAACAAGACACCAUUUUUCCCAAGGGAGAGCUAUCAAGCUGCGCGCCAAACCAAGAUUGAAGAGAUGCUUCAAGAGUACUUGAGAAAUCAAGAAGAGAGUACAAAGAAGAUGGAGAAGAAUCGAUUUCAUCCAUGA